UAUUUGCACUUCAUUGCCUGGACUUGAGCGCAUGGAGGGCGGGGUUAAAUGAAGUGUAAACAAAUGGGAAUGGAAAUGCAAAUAAUCACAUAUCAUUGAUUGCAUGCUAAUGAAAUGAAUUUGCAUCGGGAUGGCCUGCAGCAGCAUUGCCGAGCGAUUCUUCUAUUAAUAUUUUCAAUUUGUUUGUUUUUCCUUCGCGCUUUGGUGCGCUAUUAGAAAUAUGCCAGAGCAGGGAUUUAGUUGGUUUGUCAAGUGCUUCUAUCUGGUGCUAAUUGUGCAGACAUUGCUGUGCAUCGGCCAACUGGAGUGUCGGCAGCAUCACAAUCGCAACAACAACAACAAUAGGCGAGGCGAUUCAGCUAGCUCGGAGGAGAAUCACAGUACUGGAGAUGUAGAUGGCUUUGAUAACUUAGCGGACAGCGAUAUCAGUAUGGGUACUGGCCACGGCCAUCGACGCGGUCCGCGCAAGAAACAUCAAGGCAAUCACAAUCGCCACAAUCGCUUGGAGGAGCAGGGCAUCUCGCUGUGGAUCAACGAACAGCAGCUCAAGAUGUUAAGCGCUUUCUACUUUCCACAGGGCUACUCAGAUCGCCUCUAUGCUAUACACAAUGGCCGGGUGAUGAACGAAAUACGUGAUACGACCGUCUACAGCUAUCUGGUGAUACCAUCGGAGGUGAACUAUGUGAACUUCACUUGGAAAUCGGGCAGACGCAAGUACUUCUAUGAUUUCGAUCGUCUGCAAACGAUGGACGCGAGCAUCUUGAAGGCGCCAACGCUGUCGAUCAGCAAACGAGGUCGCAUACCGCAGGAGCAGAAAAAUUUUAGCAUAUUCCUGCCCUGUACCGGAAACAGCUCGGGCACGGCAUCAUUCAAUGUGGGCCUUAAGAUACAGACUCGCAAGAAUGCAUCGCUAUCGGGCACACCCAUACGUCUUAACUUUAAAAAGGAAUGCGCACAUAGAGGUGUGUAUGAUAUAGACGCUUCCAACCCUACUUCACUAACAACUUUGCAAGUUUCUGAUCCAGAAUGCAGCCUGAAAUGUGGCAAGAACGGCUAUUGCAACGAGCAUCACAUCUGCAAGUGCAACGGCGGCUACAUGGGCCAAUAUUGCGAGACAGCCUUCUGCUUUCCACAGUGCAUGCACGGCGGCAAUUGUACAGCUCCAUCGGUUUGCACCUGUCCGGAGGGCUAUCAGGGUACACAGUGCGAGGGCGGUAUUUGCAAGGAGAAGUGCUUGAAUGGCGGCAAAUGCAUACAAAAGGAUAAAUGCCAAUGCUCCAAGGGAUACUAUGGCCUGCACUGCGAAUACUCCAAGUGCGUAAUACCCUGUAAAAAUGGUGGUCGCUGUAUUGGCAACAAUUUGUGUCGCUGUCCAAAUGGUUUGCGCGGCAAUCACUGCGAAAUUGGACGGAAACAGCGUUCCACAUGCAAAUGCAGCAAUGGCAGCUGCAGGGGCAACAAGGAGUGCAAGUGCCAGACGGGCUAUCACUGUCGACGACGCACUCCGAAUCGUGUGCAUUGAGCACGAAAUACAAAUGUGGCAUGUAACAUAACCAACCAACAAGCAAAAAUUGGGCAACAUCAACAACAACAGCAAUUAUACUAUUUAAAAUGUAAUGGACAAAAU